CAAAUGUAAUCUUGUGGCAGCAGUAUAUUUGGUGCACAUAUAUGCUGGUACUGUAUUAACGCACACUUUUUCAGUGACCUUGGCGUAGCAGAAUGUUCUCAUGAAAACCUUAACAAGUCUAUAUAAAUGUAGGGACUUGUAGAGUGCUGCCUCUCUUCACAGAAACCAAGUUCACAACCUUUGAGUUUGCUUUUAAAUACAUGAUUUCCUUUUCUUUUUUUAUAAAUACACAAAUAUUUAAUGAGCAUUGUUGGAGGGAGCCUCCAAGGUUUUCAUUGGCAACGACUGCUUUGCUGUAAUUGUUCUGCAUUUGAUAAUAAAGAACUUUAAUCUUCCCUGUGAUAGAAGACAGCCAAGUGAAAUUACUUUAUAUUUACUCCUCUAAAGUGCAACAGAUGCCCUUGUGUUUAAAACAUUUUUGUGUUAGUUUUUACUGUGAAUCGAGGACAGUGGUCUGAAGGAAUCACAACCUCCAUGGUACCAGGGAAAAGCGUCAGAGUGAGGCCUCUCUGCUGCUCCUUGCUCUCUGCGGUGUAACCGGAUUAGGGCAGAGCAGAGGGAUGUACAGGAGGCUUGUUUGCCUCCAAACGAGCCAAUGAGACCGGAUUGACAUUAGACUGACAGUCCGCCUCAGCGAGCCCGGAGACGCCAUUCUGGUCUGACGACUGCUCGACAGCCAAUACGAUCAGGAACGGAGGGAAAAAGCAAAAUACGAAUCUCGCUUCCUGUAGGUCAAAAACGUUACCUGUCACCUGCGGUACGGUGGAGUCUGUUCGAGGAGAAAGGGGAACAACAAUGGCUCUGUCGCAGUGUCUGGACGACUCACCUCUGAGGUUAGGUCCCAAACCCACCGGGGUCGACGACCUGAGACUGCAGGAGCUGUACAACGAGAGGCACCGACUGGCGCUGGAGGAGCUGCUGUCGGGAGGGCUCGACAACUUUCUGGAGUUCCUCAGGAAAGAGAGGAUCCCAAACUUUCUGUCGGAUGACGAGGUGCAGCGGAUCCGCAGCGCCGCCGUGCCCCCGCCGCGGUGUGUGUCUUUCCACGGGGAGGAGCACGCACUGGAGCAGUCGCUCAGCAGCUCCCUGGACUGCUCCUCCGUCACGUAUUUCCCCGAGGUGUCGGACGUGGAGCCGCCGCAGCUGGAGCUGGGCUGGCCCGGCUUCACUGCAGGCUCCUACCGGGGAGUCACACGGGCCGUGGCGCACUUCCAGCCCAGCUACGGGGAGUGCAUCUAUAGCUGCAAGGAGGCUGCGAGGCGUAUGAUUAAAAGUGCCAGAGAGGUGAUUGCAAUAGUUACAGACUCCCUGACAGACCUGGAUAUCUUUAAGGAUCUUCAGGAGGCAAGCUCCCAACGCAAAGUGCCCGUCUACAUCCUGAUAGACCAAUCACAUGCUCCCGCUUUCCUCAAGAUGUGCAGAAACGCCGGCGUUCGCCUGGAUGACCUGCGGCAAAUGAGAGUGCGAACCAUAACUGGUACAACUUAUUACAUGAGAUCAGGGGCGAGGAUCACUGGGGAAGUUCACGAGAGGUUCAUGCUGAUUGAUGGAAACCGAGUAGCUACAGGUUCCUACAGGUACAACUGGACCGAUGGCAAACUAAACAGCAGCAACCUCAUCGAGCUUUCAGGCCAGAUAACAGAGAAAUUUGACGAGGAGUUCCGCAUCCUCUAUGCCCAGUCUCUACCUAUAAACACUCGAGGACCUCCAAGUGUCCGAAACAGCGGCAUCUACGAGCAUCUCCUCAUCAAAAACUUGAAGACCUCCUCCCCUCACCUGGCCAGAGAGAGGCCAGUGGAGCUGGCGUGUCUGACCAGCACACCGAGCCGCAAACCCUUGAACUUAUCUAUCCAGCCCCCGUGUGAACACUCGACUCCAGAUCGUCAUCAAACCAACCCAGUGUUCAACUCCUCCACGAUGGGUGAGGACUGGACGGAGCGGCAGCACAUGCAGGAAGAGAUCCUGGCUGGAAGCUCCGCUCUGCCUUCCCCUGCAGAUGAGCUCGCAGAAAAAGAGCCAGCGACCCCCAGCACCGUCUCCUGCCACGCCUCCACUCAGACCAGCCUGUCGGUGACGGACAGCGACACCCAGACUGACCUCCAGCUCACACAACACCCCAACUUUAUCACACCAGCGAGUCCAGGGCCAAACCAGGCCACCUCUCCCAGGCAGAGCUCGCCCACCCAGGCAGCUCCAGACAGCUCCUUAAAGCACUGCUUCCACAAGCUGACGGAAGAGCGCCAGAACCACUACUCCACCAUCCGCUCUAAACUGGAGCACAUGGUGACCGCCCUGUCCCAGAGGCGAGAGCUAACAGACGUCACCAACUUGACUCAGGAACCUGGCGCUCACAGCAGGCAGAGGGUACACAAAGACUGUGAGCAGGAAUCAAACCUAAGACUGCUUGUUGAAAGUACGGGCAUGGGCACAUGGCCAAGAGCCAGAUGUGUCCACUAGUUUGUCCUCUGGGAUUUUCAGAAAUGGAGGGAGGUGGAGGAAGAGCUAUGUCAAGGUUUCUUCAGGAUCCUCUGUUUCAAAUAAAUGGUUUUAGCUUAUGCAAUAGCUUUCUUUUCUAUUUGUCUUCUUCUUUUUUAAGUUAUAUUUUUGGGCUUUUCAUGCCUUUCUGAUAGUAAGAAGAGCAGAUUGAGAAAGGGGGGAGAGAGAGAGAGAGAAGGGGAACGACAUACAGCAAAUGGCCACAGGUCGGACCCGAACCAGUGGGCGCUGUGGCAAGGACUCAGCCUUUAUAUAUGGGGCGCCUGUGCUACCGGGACGCCCCUUCAAUUUGUCUUCUUGUCUGCAGUGCCCACUUUUGUCUUUUUCAUUCCGCGUCCUGUUCAUGUCUAAGCCAUUUUUCGCGCAAUGGUAACGCAGAAUUGUAAUUGAUUAUUUUAACCAAAUAUGCGGUGCUGUGAUAAUCUUUUGACCGUGUUAGUUUAAUGAAAGGCAUUUGCAUAGUCUGCUAACACUGGAUAAUGUCUGCUGUAGUAUGAGUGAAAAGUACUGUUUUGGUUAUUUAAUCACAUUUGGCUGCUGUAACUGCAUUUGAACAACAUUCCUGGGAGCUGCUGGCUCUCACUGCGCUUUGCUAAUAAACAAAAUAGUAUUUUGCUAAAUAAGUGUGUUAUUUG